AUGACGCCAACCCCCCCUUCUACCUCGUCGAGUGUGGCCGGGCAUUCACCCGAGGGUCAGUACAGGGUGGUCAGGAAGAGAAACAGAGUUCCGCUUUCCUGCGCUCCCUGCCGACAGAGAAAGCUAAAAUGCAACCGCUCUAAUCCCUGUGAAAACUGUGUGAAGAGAGGAGAUGCUAGCUCAUGCUCAUAUGCUCAGCCCGGUUCUCGAAAGAAGAACUCGUUGACGCAAAGCGCCUCUAGCUCGCCUGACGAUAUGCAGAACAGAAUAGACAGACUGGAAAGCCUGGUUCUGUCACUUAUGACCAAUGGGUCGCAAUCAGCCGGGCCUGCCGCUGCAGUGGCUGCCAUUUCCGGCAACGACAGCAUUGGUUCUGCGCAGACUUCUCAGGAUCUCGAGCUCGAGGAUGAAGCAGAUGGACUGGAGGAGAGCGAUACAGAGGCCGUUACCAAGUCUUUUGGUGUCAUGAAAAUGGACAACAACAAGUCAAUGUACAUCAGCGAAGCUCACUGGGCCUCUGUAUUGAAUGAUAUCGCGGAAGUCCGUCAAUUUUUCUCGAGCCAUAAAAAGCAGUACGAGGAGCAGGCCCAACGAUUAAAGGCUUCGAAACCAGAAGAGGAUACAUCUAUGUUAUUGUUUGGGUCAACCAAGUGUCCGAGCAAAGCAGAAAUUAUGGCUCCCUUCCCAUCAAGAUAUACGACGGAUAUGUUGAUUGCCCGUUAUUUCAACACUUAUAGCCCGGCAACUCAUAUUAUUCACGUUCCAACUUUCCAAAAAGAGUAUAAUGAACACUGGAAAGAUCCAUCUGCCUCCUGCCCUGUCUGGAUUGGUAUGCUUUAUGCCAUGAUGCGAUUGGCUAUGCUGUCAUAUCAUCGCGAUGGGGAUGAGCCGCCAGAGUUCAUAGGAAAGUCUCUUGAUAUGGCGAGGAAUUUCCGUCACCUGAUGUCGCAAUGUCUAAUUUUGGCUGAUUAUACGAAACCUUAUCCGUACCUCAUUGAGACUUUGAUUCUUCACCUCCACGGCGACUUCAAUCAGACGAAAGAUGCAGAUAUUUCGGUAUGGAUCAUGGUCGGUAUAAUCACGCGAUUAGCAAUGCGCAUGGGAUACCAUCGAGACUCCAAAAUGUUUCCGAACAUCACACCUUACCAAGGCGAGAUACGACGACGCGUGUGGUCAGUUGUCAGACAAGCAGACCUUCUCUUCUCGUUUCAGGUUGGCAUGCCUAGCAUGUUGCGAACCGGUGACAGUGACACGGAAAUCCCACGAAACCUAUAUGACGAAGACUUUGAUCAAGACAGUAAGGAGCUUCCGCCUCCACGACCAAACGACGAAGCCACACCUAUGUCGUACUUGAUAGCGAAAGCUCGCUUGUCCUUCACCUUUGGUCGUGUCAUUGAGCAUACUUCUGCCGUCACGAAUGCACCAUAUGAGACCGCGAUGGAGAUCGACACGGAACUGCGGCGCGCCCGAGAUUUGAUUCCUGAUCAUUUAAGAGUUCGUCCAAUGUCCGAAUGUCAAAAUGACCCAGCGGAUUUGAUAGCCUCGAGAUUUCAUAUUCAAAGCGUGUACCAUAAAGCACAAUGUGUCCUUCACCGACAAUAUAUCGCUCGUGCUAGGAGCAACCCUAGAUUCACACAUUCUCGCCGCACUUGCAUCGACUCGUCGAUGGAACUCCUGCAAUAUCAAUCCAUACUUCACCAGGAGUCGGGCUCGAACGGACGCCUGCGCACACAAAGUAGCGAGAACUCCAUCACAAAUAACAACUUCUUGCUUGCUGCUACGAUUAUUUGUCUUGAUCUUUACCAUGGGCUGCAACUGCAGGCCGCUGGGCGGCCAUCUGGUGACCUGUAUACCUGGGGCCGAGAAAGGCGGGACGAGAUGCUUGAAGCUAUUCAGAAAGCCCACCAAAUCUGGACCGACCAGAAAGACAAAUCCAUGGAAGCAUACAAGGCCUCGGGAGUCUUGCGAGUCAUGCUUGCCAAGCUGACCUUCUCACCACAGCCGGCGAACACUGAUACUACAAACCCGACUCUACUAGAGGUCCCUGAUGAAAAGCAAAACGCCGCGAUGACCCUUGGCUUGUUGAGCAGCGGAAUGAGCCCUCAACAUCCAGGGACCGCCAGCUUCACUGGCAUAGACUCGUCUCUCCCGUCGGCGGGCUUUGCUGCAGAUCCUUUGGCGCUGACUUCUCCGUUUGGCAUGUUUGGGCAGGUGCCAGAGAUGCAACUUGAUUGGGACGCCUGGGAUAGCUAUAUCGGCAAUUCUACCCUAGACAACCCCAACACACUAUGGCCGAUGCUCGACAUUACACAACAGUCUCCCGGAGCGAUCAGCCAACCAACAAACCCCCCACCACUGGAUGGCGUUCGAAUGCGCAAUCGGCUACCUGGCGUACUUCCCUCGGACACUGGCAUGGUAUUCGAUCCAUCUGCACCAGGAACCUUCAUGGCCGGCCCGAAUAGCAACAAAUCUAGCCCGCAGAGCCAACAACAACAGCAACAGCAUUAUGAUAAGUUUACCACAGCUUCCGUGAUCCGGGAUUUAUCAAGCUCAUCAUAUCUGCGAACUAGGUUUUCUGCUCUUCGACCGGCUGCGCGCCGCUUUUUGACCACCAGAUCAGCCACUGUCUUCUCUCAGUCGAGGUCAAUCACAUCGAUUACCCCCAGCCCUGUCCGCUUGAACCGCGCCACUCUGCUGUCGUUCCCAGUCCAGCGACGAUGGAACAGCACCGAGAACAAGGAGGAGGACUUGCCCAAAUCUGCCGACAAUGCUGACGAAGAGAGCACCUUGGAGCACGCCAUCUCAUCUGCCCAUGAGCAGCAAAGUACCAUGGGAGAAGCUGCUCGUUAUGAAGAAACCGAGACGGACACUGGGGAUCUCUCCAACGACGUUCCUACGCCCGUUGUACCCUUUGAGGAGCACAGAUUUGUUCCCAAGGAGUCUGUUUAUGUCGGCAAUCUUUUCUUCGACGUAACUGCAGAGGACCUGAAGGAGCGCAUGAGCGAGUACGGUGUCGUCAUGCACUCGAAGAUCAUCCAUGAUGGCCGUGGCCUGAGCAAGGGAUUCGGCUACGUCACCUUCGAAUCGGUAGACAGCGCAGCGCGCGCCAUCGCCGGAAUGAACCAGGCAUUCUACGAAGGACGCCGCACAAUUGUCCAAUAUGCCUCGGGCACGUUCCAAGCCUCGGAUGCGAAGCCAACCCGUCCUCCUUCCCGAACCCUUUUCGUCGGAAACUUGGCGUUUGACCUGACCGAUCGUGAGCUCAAUGACAUCUUCAAGAGCGUUCGCAACGUCAUCGAUGUGCGUGUCGCCGUCGACCGCAAGACUGGCCAGCCCAGAGGCUUUGCGCAUGCCGACUUCCUGGAUGUCGCCAGCGCUCAGGUUGCUGCUGAAGUCCUCGCCAGCAAGGCGCCCCAUGGCCGCCGUCUGAGAGUCGACUUUAGCGGCGGUCCCAAGCGCUCACAGACUGAUCAGCAUAAAGGUGAAAAGGAAGACGAAGACUUCUAA